AUGGGGGUCGCCGAACUCCCCGAGCCCGACGCUUGCGCCGUGUGCCUGACCCAUCCCGACACGCGCGCGGCGCUGGACUCGUGUUCGCACGUCUUCUGCGUCCCGUGUCUCUCGCGUUGGGCCAAAGUGGAGACGCGGUGUCCGCUGUGUAAACUCAGGUUCACCGCGAUGACGCCCACGGACGUUCGUUUGGACGCGCAGUGCGGUGACAGAGUGGAGUUUCGAGAGCGUAAUCAGGGCGAUCGAAUCGCGAUCGAGGAGGUCGAGAGCGAUGACAGUGCGGAGCGGAUAUUCUGCGACGUCUGCCGAGCGGGACACGACGAGGAGGUGUUGCUGUUGUGCGAGGCGUGCGAUGUUGGGGCGCACACGUAUUGCGUCGGUUUAGAGUGCGUUCCCGUGGGAGCGUGGUACUGCGAGCUGUGUCGAGACACGGGAGGGAUGGGGUCGGGGCGGUCGCGGUCGCGGGGCGAGACGACAUCACGAGCGAGAGAUAUUUUAGUACGCGUCAACGGCGGUGAGCGCGCCGUGCGACGACGCGAGCGUCAAAUGGAUCGUGAGAGGAGAGAAUCUCGAGCGAGACAGCGCGGGGAGAUUCGUCGAAGGGGCGGUGGGGGUGAGCGAGCGGCGAUGCGAAGUUGCGGCGGCGGCGGCGAUGACGAGCGCGUGCGGCAAAUCGCUCGUGUCCACGAGCUUCGCGAGGCUUGGUCUCGGUUGCAGAGCGGUCAAAUGGAGUUUCCAGGCAAUCGAAGUGAACAACGCGUGGAGAUCCCGAGAGCGACCGUGCCAGCGGCGCCGAGUCGAUUAGAGACGACUGUCGACAACGGACCGAAGGAUGUUGUCGAUGAAGCCUGGGGCACGCUCGAAAAGGCGAUUCACAUCGCGAGCGGUAAGCCAACGAAGAAGCGCUCGGCGGGAAAAGAAGCCGCAAUCGAUAUCGCGUCGACAUCGGCGCCGAAGGUGCGGAAGAGACCGGGUGUGUGCGUCCGCGUCGACGCGCUCUCUCCCGGUUGGUCGAUGACGGCCAACGCGUGGAAGCGACCGUCCGAAGCCGAGCGCGCGGCGCCACCACCCGCGACUUCGCGAGACCAUCCGUCGAAGUCGAAAACAUCCCCACCACUGAAAAUAUCAUCGCCGUCAAAGGAGACGAAAUUCGCCGCCGCCGCGCGCGUGAAGGAUGUUUUACGCCCACUGUACGCCGCCGGCCGAAUCACGAGGGAGCGAUACAAGGACGUCGCACGCGUCGCCGUCGAGCGCGUCAUCGCCGCCGACGCCGCGACGGACACCGAUACGAUCACCAAAAUAGUCAACGCGUGCAUCACGAUUAGAAAUUAG